UUUUCCAUACCAGGUUCUACGUACUUUUUCACACUGCCUCCAUCUUGAAUCAGCCUUGCUGCUUGAGGAAAAAGUCGGUUCACAGUACCUCGAGAACGGUGGCCGAUUUGCGCAGUCUGUACGAUUCCGGUACGGCUAGAAACCGAGUUCAAGAUAGUGUACAUUUUACGGAACAUUUUUUUCGGUUCGGCACCUUUGCAGGCAAAUGCCCGUUACCGUUUUCCGCACCUGAAGUUUGUGCUUUUUCUGCAUUCUGGGAGUCGACUCGCGGCGGUGACAGCAGCAGCAGAAGGAAAGAAGAGCAGCAGCAGCAGCAGCAGUAGUGACGAUUUUUGCCAGGGGCGGAAGCACUUCGUAACAUCAUCAAGGAGUGCAAACGGCGGCAGCGGGAUGACAUUGCCUAGCAGUGCACGGGUUUACGCGGAUGUGAACUCGCACAAACCGCGCGAGUACUGGGAUUACGAGAAUUACGUCGUCGACUGGGCCAACCAGGACGACUACCAACUGGUUCGGAAGCUGGGCCGAGGCAAAUAUAGUGAAGUGUUUGAGGCGAUUAAGAUUACCAACAACGAGAAGUGUGUGGUGAAGAUUUUGAAACCAGUCAAAAAGAAGAAAAUCAAACGGGAAAUUAAGAUUCUGGAGAAUUUGCGCGGCGGCACAAAUAUUAUCACUCUGCUAGCUGUGGUUAAAGAUCCGGUGUCACGCACACCGGCGCUAAUUUUUGAACAUGUUAAUAAUACGGAUUUUAAGCAGCUUUACCAGACACUUACCGACUAUGACAUCCGGUACUACUUGUAUGAGCUGCUGAAAGCGCUAGAUUAUUGUCACAGUAUGGGAAUUAUGCACCGGGAUGUUAAGCCACACAAUGUGAUGAUUGAUCAUGAGAACCGAAAGCUGCGGUUAAUUGACUGGGGAUUGGCUGAGUUCUACCAUCCCGGCCAGGAGUACAACGUACGCGUUGCUAGUCGCUAUUUUAAGGGGCCCGAGCUGCUGGUCGAUUAUCAAAUGUACGACUAUUCGCUCGAUAUGUGGUCCCUUGGGUGCAUGCUUGCCUCCAUGAUAUUUAGAAAGGAACCAUUCUUUCACGGUCACGAUAACUACGACCAGCUGGUGCGCAUCGCCAAGGUCCUCGGUACCGAGGAUUUGUUUGCGUAUCUCGACAAAUACAACAUUGAACUCGAUCCUCGCUUCAACGAUAUCCUCUCGAGACACUCCCGCAAGCGAUGGGAACGCUUUGUGCACUCGGAAAAUCAACAUCUGGUUUCGCCGGAGGCGCUCGAUUUCUUGGACAAGUUGCUUCGCUACGAUCACUACGAGCGUCUGACCGCGAAAGAAGCCAUGGAACAUCCCUACUUUGCGCCCAUCGUUAACGGCCAAAUGCCUCCACCGUCGUCCUCCAUGAAAGGCAGUAAUCAAUAAAAUUGUAAUCAGAUCGAAUAACUACAAUAAACGAUGAAAAGCUUAAUAUUAAUUAUAACAAUGGCAAUGGAGCAAACUAUUGUUUUUCGAAGUACUAUUUCGCAAAUAACAAUUGGUAAACCUACAGCAAGCAAGUGAAAAGAAAAACUGGUUAGGUAACCCACGGUCCCUAGCGAAUUGUCUAGCACUACUGUAAUUGCUUUGGAGAAAGAGAGAAAAAAACGGAUAGUUUCCACAGGAUCAUUGCCCUGUUCCAUCUUACUCAAGUAAAAAAAACAGUAUGUUGAAACAUAAAAAAAAUGCAGUAAAGAAACAGUUCGGUUGAUAUUUUCGCUAAGUUAUAAAAUGUAUAUGUAAAUUUCCAGCCCCCCAACCUUUAACUAGUGUGAUGUUUCAGAAACCAUCAGCAUCUAUUUCUCGCCAGUUUAGUUGAUCCAACUUUACCAACGCAAUGUGUAAUAAAAGAGUUAAGAACCACAUAUAAUCAAUGAAAUUUGAAAUGGAACAUCAACCCCUUACCCACUUUUUCUAAAAUCUCCGCUUUUAGAUCAAACUAUAUUAUAGAUUUGAGCGAAAAUAACAAAAAGUAAAAACCCACACUGAACCGCGAUGGAACAACAAAAACCAUAAUUAUUAUAGAGCUUAAUUACGGAAAACAAACAAACAAAAUAUUAUUACGUUAUAAUUUGAGCCAACAAUAAAAUGAGAACUAAAAUUGUGUUGUUAACGAGAAAA